AUGAAAAAGUACAUUUCACUCGCAGUCGCAUUAUUUGUUGGAGUAGUUUCUACAGCUCCAAGCCAUCACAACCACUCAUCAGCUCAUUAAGUUCAGCAUAAAGAAGAAAUUUUAAACAAGAUCUACUCUUAAAUUGACGAAAUGGAGGCAGAUUUGAGAUUCAUCAAGAGCGAGAUAAGCAGAUUUGAGGCUGAAUAAGCUAACUAGACUGAAUCAGUUGACUCUAAAGCUACUAUUGAUUCAUCUGCUGUUGCUGAAAACUCAGAUAAGAAGGCUGAAGAAGUAGCUGUGAGCAAUCCACUUAGAGACGAAGAUGAAUUAAAUGUGGAAAGCUUUAUGAACUCGAUUAUUAUCUAAAACGCUGCGACAAAGAAAACUAAGAAACCAGGUGAAGGCACUGUAUUCGGAGACAUCAGCAAGGUAAUUGCAGAUUGGUUUAAGGCUCAUGACAACCCAACUGACUCACAAUUAGAUGAUUUAAUCGAUACUCUUAGACAAUAUGGAAUCAAUGCUCAUACUAACAAAGGUCAGACUGCUCUCGAUGCAUGCACUCAAUUUGCAGAGCAAUCUCAAAUCAACUAGAUCACUAGACGUGCCUAAAAUCAAGAUACCUGGAAAUGA